CUCAUUUCAGUUCACACUCACUUCUUGGAGCUUUUUACUAGCCAACUACAGACACUAUGCAGAUCACCUACAUGACUGGUCUUGCGCUCACGCUGGCGUGGGCGCUGGCUACUGUCCUCCCUCCUAUCUCGGCGGCACAUCGUUCUCUGCAUAAGCGCACUUUAGAUCCCGCAGAGAGCAACUCGAAGGGCAUGAAGCCCGUGAACAUUGAUUGCCCCCCAGCCAGACUUUCCCAAGAUAUCCAGGCAGCCGAAUGUUCGCAUAACACGCGUACGCACGAGAAGCAGACUUUUGCCGUGUUUGUGAUCGAUCACGACAAGGAUAAAAACCAUGGUGCUCCUUACGGCAACUGUACCGCGUACACUUGCGAUGUUCCGACGAAGUUCGUCCCGGAUGAGAACCAUUGGAGUUUCUUCUGGAAUGAAGAAGGUCUGGAGGAGGGUCAUGGUGCCGGGUGUAUCAAGAACCCUAGGAACGGAAAGUGUGGUUGUGAGAACAGUGAUGGAAAGUUCAUUACUGGAGCUGAUAACUGCAAAUGAUGCAGUGAUGCACUUCUUGAGGAUAUGCCAUCUUCAACCCCUGGGGGGCUCCGCUGGUUCGAUAGUGAUGUUGAUGGUACUUUUU